UUAGAGAUUUCAGACACAGAAGUCUGUCCAUGGCUCCUUAUCACAUCCGCAAAUACCAGGAGAGCGACCGCAAGUGGGUCGUGGGCUUGCUCUCCCAGGGGAUGGCCGAGCACAUCCCAGCCACCUUCUGGCAAUUGCUGAAGCUGCCUCGAACCCUCAUACUCUUACUUGGGGGGCCCCUUGCCCUACUCCUGGUCUCUGGCUCCUGGCUUCUGGCCCUCAUGUUCAGCCUCAGCCUCCUCCCUGCCCUGUGGUUCCUUGCCAAAAAACCCUGGAAGGAGUAUGUAGACACAGUAUUGCGCACAGACAUGUCUGACAUCACGAAAUCCUACCUGAGUGAGCGUGACUCCUGCUUCUGGGUGGCUGAGUCUGAAGAGAAGGUGGUGGGCAUGGUAGGAGCUCUGCCCGUUGAUGAUCCCACCUUGAAGGAGAAGCGGUUGCAGCUGUUUCAUCUCUCUGUGGACAGUGAGCACCGUGGUCAGGGGAUAGCAAAAGCCCUCGUCAGGACUGUCCUCCAGUUUGCCCGGGACCAGGACUGCAGUGAAGUUGUCCUGGACACCAGCAACAUCCAACUUACUGCCUUGUCCCUCUACCAGAGCAUGGGCUUCCAGAAGACGGGCCAGUCCUUCUUCUGCGUGUGGGCCAGGCUAGUGGCUCUUACUACAAUUCAUUUCAUCUACUGCCUCCCUUCUUCUCAGGCAGGGGGUCUGUGAUCUCUUUCCUUGUGUAUUGGUCAGAAUAGAAUCCAUUCAGCUGUAACAGCAAGCAAUCCCCAACCUUUCACUGCAAUGACCUUUCAAUGCAAAAUAAGCUUAUUGUCCA